CAACCUGCGUCGCUUGUCAACUUACAUUUUACAGUUGUAAAGCUGCAACCGACUUCUUACAUGAAACAGUGCAAGAUAAGUUUUAAGUUAUAAAAAGAAGGAAAUGGAACAUACAAAGCUAUAAAUCCAAUUCUUUCUAAAGUGGGUGACUUCACGCCGUUUUAUAUCGCUAUAGCGAUCUGCUCUGUUAUAUUUGGAGCCCUGCUCAUCCUGAACGUCGUUUGCUGCUGCUCCAGAUACUCAGACUAUUGGCUAGACAGACACACGGGAAACCGCUGGAUUGUUUCUAUUUGGUCCGCAACGCCGCACAAACAGCCACCACUGGACUUUACUGAAUUAGAAAGCCAAUACAAACAGGUUCAGUACGUGCAUCCUUUCCACAGUGAGGACUACCACGAAGUCCACAGGCACGGUUCCGAAGUAGCAGCCUCCAUUUCACGGCAACCACUCACAACCUCUCAAGAAUACCUUGAACUGCACAAAAGGGAAAGUGAUAUAUAAAAUGGCUUUUCUCAUGAUGUAUCCCGCUAUUGCUAUACUUUCAAUGUUUGUACUGAUGGUCAUUAUCUUGAUACUGAGGUUUGGAGCUCGUUGGUGUAAGCUCCGACACAGUACAUUUGCAGACCAAGAAUAUUGGAAUGAAGACGAAGCAUAUGAACAGAAAGUUUCAUAUGCUUAAUCUUUAAAUUUUAUUUUGCAACCCCUCCGUCCAGUUUUGUCUGAAUUUUACAUGUUUGUAGGCUUUAUUUUUACUAGUUUAUAAGAAAUCUAUAGAUUAUUACUAGUGUCUAAGAUUUAAAUAAUAUUAAUUGUUACAUUAAAGUAGUGUUAUUAGCACAAACUUACAACAAUGAUAUGGGCCAAUGAAAUGAACACCAUAGUUAAAAAUAUGCACUCACAAAAUAAAUUGAUUCUUUUUAUUGCAUCUAACGCAGGUCUUAUGAAAUAGUGAAGUUAUGUAUUUUAUAUUAUGUACCUAUUGGUAUUAAUAAACUUUCUAUAUUUCUUAA